AUGAAAUCUACUGAAGAUCUUUGGUGAAAGGAAGAAUUUGAAAGUGUUUAUAACUUUUUAAUUAAAGCAUGCAUACUUUCAUGCAUUGCUCCAUCAUUAAGGCUUAUCAAAGAAAUCUUUAUCCCUAGUGAAUUCACCUGAAUAUGGUUUGCUCCACUAGUCAUUGCAAAUAUCAUAUGUUUAUUAAUUGUGCAAUUCUCCUCCAAAAACGGUCCAUUUUGCAAAAUCAUCGUUCUGAUCCUUGCCAAUGAAUUUCACAAUUUUCAACUCUUCAUUUUGUCAGCAAGUCAGUUAAACAGUAAAAUUUUUGAAGUUUUAGCUUGGGUUGCUAGAGCUGAGCUUGAAUUUACGAUUAUAAGAAACACGUGAGUUUUUAAUUCUCUUAUGUUUAUUCACUUGUGUGUGUGAUAUGUAAAAUUAGAUGCAAUAGAUCCCUUGACUCUUAUUCUUGAUAUAAACGUUAUAGUUUUAUUAUGCAAUAUAAGUAGAUCUCAUAUGAUGAAAAAAUCUUAUGAGAGAUUUGCUUACAGGAAGGAAUUGGAAAACACAACAAACAGAUUAAAUACAAUAACGCAAGCAUUAUUUGAAGGAAUUAUCAUAUUAUCAGAAAACGCAAAAGUAGCUUUUUUUAAUGGGGAGUCUUUAGAAUUACUGAAUACAACAGCUGAAAAUUUAAAGACUGAUUUAGACUCAAUAAAAUAUAUUGAUGGCAAAAAAAUAGCAAGAUUCAAUGACUCAACAAACUUAAUUGAUGAUAUUAUCUAUUUACUGAAUAACCCUCGACUCGAAGAAACUCUACUUGGCAUUUCAUUUAUUGGAAGUACAAACAUUGAGUGAAAAGCAAAAAAUAUAACCUGAGAAGGCAAGCCCUCACUAUUUAUUUCAAUCAGAAAUUCAAAUCAAAUUAUUGAGCUUGAGAAAAACAUUUCAAAAGAAAAUUUAAGAAACUUAAUAUUAAGGUCAGCUUCACAUGAACUAAAAACACCUUUGAAUUCUAUUAUUUAUUUUACUAGUGAGCUUUUAAAAGACAAAGCUUUGUCGAUUAAUGAAAAAUCAAAGAAAAAAUUGAAGACUGUCCUGAUUUCAGGAAAACUGAUGCUUUCUUUAAUUAAUGACUUACUUGACUAUUCAAAAAUUUUAACUGGUGGGCUGAAUAUACAGAAAAAAGUUUGUAAUAUAGAAGAAAUCAUAAUAAACACAUGCGAUUUAAUACAACUUCAAGCAGAAAAAAAGAAAAUAUCGAUUAUUUAUCGAUUGGAUCCUUUACUGCCUACUAAAAUAUAUACAGAUCCUCUUCGGUUUGGCCAAAUUUUACUAAAUUUAGUAACUAAUGCAAUUAGAUAUACAAUAAAAGGGAAAAUUGAUAUAUCUUGUGUCCUUACCUCAAAAAAUAUACUAAAAUGCUAUGUUGAAGAUACAGGAAUUGGCAUUGAUAAAAAAAAUUUGAAAAGCAUGACUAAAGAUUUGAAUUCAUUAGCAGUCCCUAGCAUUGAUUCUACAGGGAAAGGUCUUGGGCUACAUAUAUCGAAUCUCUUAUCAAAACAAUUAGGUGGAGAAGUACUAAAAGCAAAAUCAAAUUUAGGGAGAGGGUCAACUUUUUCUUUUAAAAUAGAUAUAAAUAAUGCAAAUAAUCAUCAGCGAGUAGAUGAUAAGCUAAAUACCAAAGAAUGCAAUGAAAACGUCAUGCCUGAAUUUUCCAUUUCAAAACAAUAUUUUGAAUCACGAGCUCUAAACCAAAGCGUUUUAAUCGUAGACGAUAUGGAAUUUAAUUUAGAAAUCCUUGGCUCUAUUUUCAAAAAUUAUGGAGUCGCGUUUUGUGAAGCUAUAAAUGGAAAAAUUGCAAUUGAAAAAGUAAUUGAGCAUGACAAAAAGCAAAGACCUUUUAAAGUAAUUAUGAUGGACUCAAGUAUGCCUGAAAUGGAUGGAUGAGAAGCCUCAAAAAAUAUAAAUAAACUUUAUAGAGAAGGAAAUAUUCAUUUUUUGCCUGUUAUUAUUGGACACUCUGCGUAUAACUCAGACGAAGACGUUAAACUUUGCUUCGAAAGCGGGAUGGCCGAGUUUUUACCUAAGCCAUGCUCACCAGAAGAAAUUAUUCAAACUGUAAUUAAAUACUUGUAA